UUUUGGGAAACUCCAAAGAACAAGCAAUUCAGUAGCAAAGAAGAACUGCAAUGCAGGGAGCUUAGACAGUCGAAUCCCAAGACAAUCUGAGAAGAAAACAAUAUUCAAGAGAGGGACCGCUGUUCGAUCAUCUCGUUGAUUGGGGCUGAUCAUUGCUCUUUCGCCGGCGAAAUCGAUCUUUUUCUUGCGCCAUUCAUCACGAUCGCCUUUACUCCGAGGCAUUCAUUAGCAAAGUUCGAUGCUUAAAAGGGCUCAGCUUUUGCUUUUAGAUCCCGGAAUUAAGGACAAGGAGACAAAAAAGAUGACACUUCUUCCCCCCACCCCAUCCUGAACUGGGAGGUUGCUUGUCCGAGCCAUAAGGAGGAGACUUCAAUCCAGAUGUGAGAAGGCUGGAUUAAUCCACCGCUGAACUGGGGGCCAGUUCUCUCUCUCUCUUUCUCCUGUUAUGUCCAAGAUCUGCGCUUUGCCUGGCAAUUGCUUUGAGUUCCAAAGGACCAGGGGACUAGGAUGAGGAGGAGCAAUAGAUAUUCCUUGAACCUGCUUUGGUUGUUGCCACCGUUCUUGGCGUGGACCGUGGUGGCCCUUGACUUGGGACCAUCGCCCUGCACCACUUUGGUCCAGGGCAAGUUUUUUGGAUACUUCUCCUCUUUUGCCGUCUUCCCGUUGAACGCUUCCCAUUGCAAUUGGAUUAUCCAGAACCCCGAUCCUCGGAGAUACACCUUGUACAUGAAGGUUUUGAAGCCCUUGGGUCUCUGCGACCGCCAGCAGAUACGCACCUACCAAUUCGACUCCUUCUUGGAGUCGACGCGGACGUACCUGGGCAUGGAGAGCUUCGACGACGUGCUGAACCUUUGCGACAGCUCUACCCACUACGCCUUCCUCCAGUCCAACAAGCAGUUCCUCCAGAUGAAGCAGACUCUUUCCAAAGUGGACAGUGGGUGGGUCAGGUGGAAACCAGCCAAGACUCAGGAAAGGGACUUCUCGGUAGAAUAUCUUGUGGUGGGCAACAGAAGUCCCAGCAAGGCCGCUUGCCAGAUGUUGUGCAAAUGGCUGGAUACUUGCUUGGCCACCAGCAGCAGCUCGCAUCCUUGUGGCAUUAUGCAGACACCAUGUUCUUGUUUCAAUGGAGAGGUAUUGGACCAACCCAGCGAGAUCUUUGGCUUAACCAAAAAGCAGGACAAUUGCUUCAAGGAUGGGAUUUACCUGGAGAAUUGCAUGAGUUCUACCAAGGACACCAGCCGGCUGGACUUCUUGGGUGGAUGGAAUCCUUGGUCAACGUGGGGCGAGUGCACCAGGGACUGUGGUGGUGGCCUUCAGACUCGGACCCGAACAUGUCAACCUCUUCCCGAAGAAGGUCUUGUCUGUGAAGGAGUCUUGGAAGAAGGGAGAUUAUGCAACAGGAAAGCUUGCAACCCUAAUAUACACUAUAAUUCCCGGAGUCAGUCUUUACGGUCUACGGAUAACCGGAAAAAAGAUGACAUGGAAGACUUCCAGCAAUACGGAUAUCCUGCACCUCAGAUCGGUGAUCCAGCGGCGGAAGAGUGGUCGCCCUGGAGCGUCUGUUCGACCACCUGUGGGGAGGGCUGGCAAAGUAGGACUCGGUUCUGUGUGUCGUACUCGUACAGCACCCAAUGCAGUGGGCCCCUCCGCGAACAACGGCAAUGCAACAAUUCUGCUGUCUGUCCAGUCCACGGCACUUGGGAUGAAUGGUCUCCAUGGAGUCUCUGCUCGUCGACGUGCGGACGGGGAUACCGAGAUCGCACCCGGAUAUGCAAACCUCCCCAGUUCGGAGGAAGCCCCUGCGAAGGUCCCGAGAAGCAAACCAAAUUCUGCAAUAUCGCCCUUUGCCCAGUGGACGGCAACUGGAAUGCCUGGUCCAGCUGGAGCUCCUGUUCCACCUCCUGCUCCAAUGGCACCCAGCAGCGGACACGGGAGUGCAACGGGCCUUCGUACGGAGGAGCGGAAUGCCAGGGGCCCUGGGUCGAGUCCCGAGACUGUUUCCUUCGGCAGUGUCCAGUGGAUGGAAAAUGGCAGGUCUGGGGUCCCUGGGGUAGCUGUACUGCCACGUGUGGAGGGGGAACCCAGAAACGGGACCGUGUGUGCUAUGGUCCUUUCUUUGGAGGAGAACCGUGUCAAGGUCCCAAGGAGGAGUUCAAGCAAUGCAAUGAACGGAGAUGUCCAGAGCCUCAAGAAAUCUGUGAUGAAGACAACUUGGCCUCCGUGGUUUGGAAAGAGACUCCGGCUGGAGAUGCAGCGGCUGUCCGAUGUCCCCGUAAUGCCACAGGGUUGAUCCUACGGCGGUGCCUUCUAGAUGAAGAUGGUAUCGCCUAUUGGACGCUUCCCACCUACGUCAAGUGUGUCUCCAUAGACUACAGGAAUAUCCAGAUGAUGACCAGAGAGCAUCUCUCAAAAGCUCAGAGGGGUCUAGCUGGAGAAGGGGUCUCGGAAGUCUUGCAAAACCUGGUGGAGAUCUCUCAGGAUGGAACCAGCUACAGUGGAGAUCUGUUGUCAACUUUUGACGUACUCAGGAACAUGACAGAGAUUUUCCGCAGGGCAUAUUACAACCCAACUACGAGUGACGUACAGAACUUCGUCCAGGUAAUUAGCAACAUCUUGACCGAAGACAAUCGAGACAAAUGGGAUGAGGCUCAACUGAUGGGGUCCAACAUCAAAGAACUUUUCCGACUUCUGGAGGACUUCAUUGACGUCGUCGGCUUUCGCAUGAAAGAUUUUCAGGAUUCUUAUCAAGUGACCGACAACUUGGUUGUCAGUAUCCAGAAGCUGCCUGUUAAGGCAGCUAAAGCUCUCACUUUCCCUGUCAAAGGCUGGCGAGGAAUGGUGGAUUGGGCUCGCAAUGCAGAAGACAAG